AAUAAAACGACACAGCAUAGCUUCCCUAACUUUCCCUCUCACAAAAAGCUCACGCCCAGUGUGACUUCCCCUCUCAAGUUAUCAUCAACCGCCAAAACCUUCAGCGCCGAUGGCUUCGUUGGACGAAGAAACCGCAAAGAAACUCCUUCAUCAGGUGGAGUUCUACUUCAGCGACAGCAAUUUACCUCGAGAUGAUUUUCUUAUGAAGAAGGUCUCACAAAGCAAAGAUAGCAUGGUUAGCUUGGCUCUUAUAUGCUCAUUCUCUAGAGUCAGAGCUUUUCUGGGACUGGGUAAAAUAAGACAAGAUGAUAUUCCCCAUAGGGUGCUGAAAUCAGUUGCUGAGAUUUUGCGGAAAUCGGAUUUUCUCAAAGUUUCUGAUGAUGGGAAAAAGGUUGGUAGGGUUAAGAAGCUCUCAAAGCCAGAAAAAAUUGUUCAGCAAAUGGAUGAAAGAACAAUUGCAGCCUCGCCUUUUCAGUAUGAUGUUACUAUGGAAAAUGUGGAAUCUUUCUUUGCUAAGUUUGGGAAGCUUAAUAGUGUGAGACUACCUCGUCAUGCGGCAGACAAGAGGGUUUUUUGUGGCACUGCUUUGGUCGAGUUCUCUACAGAUGGAGAUGUGAAAGAUAUCUUGAAGGCAAAGUUAGUUUAUGAUGGUGCCAUUUUAGAGUUAAAACCAAAAAAGGAGUUUGAUGCUGAGAGAGCAAGAAUGACAGAGCGAAUUGAAAAAGAGUGCUCAAAUCAUAAGAGUAAUGCGAGCAAAACAUCCAACUAUCCCAAAGGCUUAAUGAUUGCAUUUUCACUGAAGAGGAAAUCAACUGGAAAACCAGUAAAAAAUGGAGGCAAUGUUGAGCCAGUCGCUAACAGUGGAGGUGUUUGUAAAGAAGACAAGGAUUUGGACUGCAAUGAUCAUAUUGUUAGAGAGAUUGAAAAUGUCUCUGAAGAUAAUGCAGAAGGCGCCCAGAAGGAAACUUGCAAAAUAGCUGAAAAGAGUGAACAGAUCGUCUCUCAAAGAAUCGUAAAUAGUAGAAAUAGUAUUUUGAAAACUGCUAAAAAAAAUUGCAAAGAGAUCAUUUCUGAAGAGAGCAAGGCAGAAUAUAUGCAAGAAGCUAUCAGAGAUCAGUCUCCUGAAAGAGUUUGUCAAGGGAGCAGUGAGAAAGUAACCGGGGUGAAAAGAUGCACUGCAUUUUCCCAUGAGGAAAAGGACAUUCUCUUGUGUGAGGACCUAAAGGAUGUCUUCCAAAGGUUUGGUGCUGUUAAGUGUGUUGACUAUCAAGAGGGAGCAGUUUCUGGUUACAUUCAUUUUCAUGAACCAGAAGGAGCUAUAAAAGCCUGUGCUGCUGCAGAAUUUAUUGAAGGAGGUCUCAUUGUGAAGAAUUUUAUUGUUUCAUUUGAAGCAGUUAUUGCUAAGACAGAAGAAGAGCACUGGAAUAUGCAUAAUCUUAAUGAGGAAGACUGCCAGGAAAGUAGAGAUGAUAGAAAACGGAAACGUAAAUCCAAUAAAGGUAGAAGACAGUCUGAAGGCAGAAGCUCCCACUUCAAAGAAAAUGAUCAUGCAACCAGGCAGCCAAGAAAAGCUCAAAAGGUCACAACGUUUUAGGAAUUCAAUGUUUUUUUUUUUUUAAAAAAAGGAAAUCAUUGCCUUUGCCUAUGACUGCAAUUCUGCAAACAGCUGGUCAAUGACACAAUUAGUGAAACAAAUUAUAUAAGGCAUUUUGUCAAAACAGCUUCUGUAAGAUCAUACUUGAACUUUGAUGAGUAUUCAGAAUUCACUGCAGCAUAUGGGACCUUGUGUUAACUUGGCUGUUACUUUCUAUUGAAAAGGAGUCGGCUGUAUGCGUGAGUUCCUUCUUCUA